CACCUAGUUUCAUGUUGUAGAAUCUGUCAAGCCUUAAUAAUAAGCUUUUGUUAAAUUAAAUAUUUUAAACUGCUAAGCAGCAAAUUUAGAGUACAUAGUUCAGACAGUAAAACGUCUGUUUUAUAGAAUUUUAUUCAUAUGAAGUUGAAGUCCUUGUUGAAAAUUGUAAUGUAUGUCAGUGUGUCGCUUCAUUAAUUUUUUGGAGGUAUUCGAAUUUUAAAAGCAAUUUCAUCAAAGCAGCUUUAAAGAGUUUCAACCAACAGUCGUCAAUGAGAAGUGGAGCGUUAGUUGCAAUGGAGGCGGAGCCGGACCUCAGUACUUUUGAAAACAAAUCCGGACUAGCUGAAGAUAUGAAGUUUCUUGCCUCUAUGCCUGAGCUCUGUGACGUCACAUUUCUUGUUGGAGAUACUCGAGAACCAGUAUGUGCAGUCAAAGCAGUAUUGGCAGCUCGUAGCAGAGUUUUCCAAAAAAUGCUUUAUCAAGCUCCGAGUCCACAAAGAAAAAAAGAACCAGCUCCUCGGGAAAAUAAAUUGAGAUUAUUUUUAAAGAGAUCAUCUGAACCUCUUCUUAAUCUUCAGAAUGCAGCUCAACAGCCUUCUUCACAACAGCAUCAGACUCUAAUCAUAGAAGAAUUUGAGCCUGAUGUUUUUCGUCAGCUUAUCGAAUACAUUCAUACUGGCUGCGUCACACUACAGCCCAGAACAUUGUUAGGAGUAAUGAACGCAGCCGAUUAUUAUGGUUUGGAUGAACUACGCCGCGCCUGCGCUGGUUUUGUCCAAUGCUGUAUCACUGUUGAUACGGUGUGCGCUCUUCUAGCAUCUGCAGAGAGAUACAUACAGUACAAAUGUACCAAGUCUCUGGUUCAGAAGGUACUAGAGUUUGUAGAUGAACAUGGCAAUGAUGUGUUGAAUUUGGGUUCAUUUACCCUGCUUCCACAGCAUGUUGUCAGGCUAAUUUUGGCACGAGAUGAGCUCCGAGCAGACGAGUUCACUAAAUUUCAGGCUGCACUUAUGUGGAGUAAAAAGUAUUGUGAUACAAAUCCAAAUAUGAUUUUGAAAGAUGUUAUCGGAAAUUUUUUAGAAUAUAUACAAUUCCAUAAGAUUCCAGCAAAUGUUUUAAUGAGAGAAGUACAUCCUCUGGGAUUGGUUCCCUACUCUAUCAUUAUGAAUGCUUUAGCUUAUCAGGCAGACCCGGCCAGCGUAGAUCCAGGCAAACUCUCUCCUGCGCGAAUCCGGCGCGCUGGCCGUUCUAUGUCCGUUCAAUCAUCGCUUGACCCCUACGGCUCAAACACCACCCUUUCCUCGACCGGAUCUAGCGAUGGUCCAUCUUCAGACUCUCGGCACAACUAACGCGAGGGGAACGUCCCC